AUGUUUACUUUUCUCAAAAUAACUGUUUGGCUUUGUUCCUUGGUGCUGGCCUUUGCUGCAAAGAUCAAUGAUAUCUCAUUUUCCAAUUUAGAAAUUACUCCACUAACUGCGAAUAAGCAACCCGAUCAAGGUUGGACCGCCAGUUUUGAUUUUACUAUCGCGGAUGCGUCUUCUAUUAGAGAGGGCGAUGAUUUCACAUUAUCAAUGCCCCAUGUUUAUAGGAUUAAGCUGUCAGAUUCAUCGCAAAAAACAACUAUUUCUUUGAGGGACGGUACUGAGGCCUUCAAAUGCUAUGUUUCGCAACAAGCUGCGUAUUUGUAUGAGAAUACUACUUUCACGUGUACUGCUCAAACUAAUUUGUCCUCUUAUAAUACAAUUGACGGUUCCAUGACAUUUUCACUUAAUUUUAGCAAUGGUAAUUCAAAGUAUGAAUAUGAGUUAGAAAACGCUAAGUUUUUCAAAUCUGGGCCAAUGCUUGUUCAACUUGGUGAUCAAAUGUCUGAUGUGGUGAAUUUCGAUUCCGCUGCAUUUACAGAAAAUGUUUUGCAUUCUGGGCGUACAACUGGUUACGGCUCUUUUGAAAGUUAUCACUUGGGUAUGCGUUGUCCAAACGGAUAUUUCCUGGGUGGUACUGAAAAGAUUGAUUACGACAAUUUCAAUCACAAUAUCAAUUUGGAUUGUUCUUCGGUCCAGGUUUAUUCAUCUAAUGAUUUUAACGAUUGGUGGUUUCCGCAAAGCUACAAUGAUACCAAUGCCGACAUUACUUGUUUUGGUAGUAAUUUGUGGAUUACACUUGACGAAAAACUAGAUGAUGGUGAAAUGGUAUGGGUUAACGCAUUGCAAUCUCUACCCGCUAAUAUAAACACUAUAGAUCAUGCGUUGGAAUUUCAAUACACAUGUUUUGAUACUAUAGCAAAUACUACAUAUGCUUCGCAAUUCUCGACUACUAGGGAAUUCAUUGUUUAUCAGGGUCGGAACCUUGGUACAGCUAGCGCCAAAAGCACUUUUACUUCAUCCUCUAUUACCGGUCUGACAAGUACAUAUACUAGUGCACAUUCCACAGAAUCCACUUCCACAAUAGAAACAGGCACUCAAAGCACGUCGGAAGUAAUCAGUCAUGUGGGGACUAUCAGCACAAAACUGAUUCCAGCUACUACUACCGGUACAAGUACACACAAUAGUGCAUAUUCCAGAGAAUCCACUUCCACAAUAGAAACAGGCGGUCAAACGACAUCAGAAGUGAUCAGUCAUUUGGAAACCGUCAGCACAGAACCGCCUUUGACCGCCGUACCUAUUGUGACUUCAACAUCUGAAUGGACAAGCGGUAUGAAAACUCACACCCCGCAAUCCACUUCUUCCGCCUCCGCAAUGAUCAAUAGCACAUCAUUAACCUCUUCAUCAGCAGUAUUAGAAACAUCGGAUGUUUCAUUUGUCAAGAUGCACACUGACACUAUUACCAAUACUAGUCCUGUUUCUUCUGAAGAGCCCACUUGUGUAACCUCCACGAGAAACUUCUUGAACUCCUUUAGCAGCAGACAGUCAUCCAAUUCUUCCAAGUAUACGUCUACUCCACACGCAUCAUCUGUGCCCGCAAGCAAGUCAUUACUAAGUUCCAGUUUUGUGCCGACUACUGCGCCAAUACUUAAUACAUCUAUCAAAACGGAGAGUACAGAAUACUUUGAGUACUCGGCUUUGACAACAUCUACAGUUGCCUCUAAUUCUUUAAGUGAAACAGUACUCUCAUCUCAAGGUACGAAAAGUGAUACCUCUUCAGCGUCGUCGUUAAUGGCAUAUUAUUCUUCAACAUCAGGCAGCCAACCGUUUAGUACCCAACGGAACUCCACAUCAACCUCUAUUAUAAUUUCAAUCUACGAAGGUAAAGCUUCUAUGUUUUUCUCAAGUGAGCUCUGUUCCAUCUUUUUCCUGGUUCUGUCGUACUUGCUAUUUUAA